UCCCGUCCCACGGAUCCCAUCAAUCCCAUUGAUCAAAACUGAUCCCAUCAGUCCCAUGGAUCCCAUCAAUCCCACGGAUGCCAUCCCAGCCCAUGGGGUGCGGGUCCGGGGUUCCCGUGCCCCCAGCCCCGUGCUGCCCCUCCAGGCUGCCCUGUGCCACCCCAGGAGGUGGCAUCGCGCUCCAGGCUCUGCCCUGGGGGCACCAAGCUCUGCUCUGGCCUGCCAGGAGAUUCCAACCCCGGGAAUAAAAAUUCCUGGGAAGCUGCUGCAGGCUGAUCCCAGCAGUGCCAGGGCUCGGAAAUGCUGCAGCUCGGAUUUGGGGUCGGGAUUCUGCCCCCAAACCCCUGUGAGGGUGGGAAGGAAAUCCGGGAUGGAGGAAUUCCGCCUCGGCCUCGUGGCUCCCUGCACCUUGGGGAAAGCAGCAAAACCAGGCCAAACCCAGGGACCCCGAAACUCGGAGGAGCCCCGGGAGCUGGAGCCCCAAAACCAGGAGGGGCAGAAUCCUGGAGAGCCGGAGCCCAGAAUUCCUGGGAGCUGCAGCCAGGACAGCAGAGCCGGAGCUCCCUGGGGCCUGGGAGCCCUGAAAGGCAGAGACCCCCAGAGCCCCCAGCCCAGCCCGGGGGGCAGGACCCCCGCCCAGCCCCGUGUGCAGCCGGGAGGGUCCCUCAGCCCAGGAGGAGCAGUGGCAUGUGGCAGGUGUGACCCUGCCCACCUGUGCCAGGUCACCAUGGAGCCGGGCCCGGGGCAGCCCCAGGAGGCCCUGCUGACGGUCAACGAGCAGGUUAUUGUCAUGUCCGGCCACGAGACCAUCCGGGUGCUGGAGGUGGGGGUGGAUGGGGACCCCAAAACGGCCGGGGAGGGAGCGGGGGGGUCCCCGGCACAGGGGGGCCCCCCGGGUGUGGAGGACGCUCCCGCCAGCGCCCCGAGCUCGUCCGGCGGGGAGGCGGCAGGUAAAGCCAAGGCAGCGUCGCCCACCCCGGUGCCCUCGAGCCCGGCCCCGAGCCAGCCCGGCGUGACACACCUGGCCGUGCAGGCCACCCCGCAGGUGUUGGCUCAGGAAAGCUUAGCCACAGGUGUGACAGGAGUAAUGGUUCCGGCAGGGACAGUUACUCAACCUCUUCUUAUCCCCAUCAGUAUUGCAGGUCAGGUGACAGGCCAGCAGGCGCUGGCCCUGGUGACAAUUCCCACAGCAACGCUCGCCGCGCUCCCGGGACUGACGCCGGCGGCACCUGCGGGGGCGAUUUUCAAACCGCCCGUAGCCAAUCUCACAGCCGCCGCCGUGCUCAGCCCCGCCAUCCCGGCCGUCCCGGCGGUCCCGGCGCCCACANNNNUCACCCCCCCAAAGGACCCCCCGAUGUCCGUCCAGCCCCAGAUCGCCGGACUGGCCUUUAACCCCGGCAUACUCACGGCGGCUCUGGGGGCGCAGCCGCAGAUCCUGGGGUCCCUCAGUGCCCCCCCCGUGAUCGCCGCCCCCCUCCCCAGCGUCCAGGGCAUCCCGGGGCAGCUCCUGACCAGCACCCAGGGCCAGGUGAUCGGGACCCUGCCGUGGGUCGUGGCCCCCCCCGGGGUGGCGGCGGCCGCCCCCGCGCCCAGCCUGCAGGUGACCCCGGUGACCCCGCAGCUGCUGCUCAACGCGCAGGGCCAGGUGAUCGCCACGCUGGCCACCGGGGCCGCGCUGGCCGCGGGGGGACCCGCGCUGGCCACCGCCGCCCCCCCCGCGCCGCCCCCCGGCAAGAAAAACGGGCCGGCCCCAAAGCCCCCCGCCCCGCCCAGCACGGAGGAGGACGGGAUCAACCUGGAGGAAAUCCGGGAAUUCGCCAAGAACUUCAAACUGCGGCGCCUGUCGCUGGGGCUGACCCAGACCCAGGUGGGGCAGGCCCUGACGGCCACCGAGGGCCCUGCCUACAGCCAGUCUGCCAUCUGCAGGUAAC